AUGAUUGCUGAGAGAGAAAGCAUUUAUCGGUUGCUGGCGCAGGUAACGAAAGAUAAUAUGAACAAGGUGACAAGUAAGUACACUAUCGAUCCAAAAACACGAUAUGUAUCAUUAGAGACAACACUCCAACCUGAAGACGUCGUCCAAAUCGUAAGCUCUGACAACCCCAGAGUGGGUAGGUUUCUUCAGUAG